UCACAAUUCUGGAGCCCCACAGUUAACAAUCAAUCGGUCCAAAAUAUAUUCGGAUUCGUACUUAGUUCCGAGUUCUAAAAGAAAAUAUAAGGGCAGGCUGCCACCUAAAAUAUUUCAUUUUAAAUUUUCCGUCCAUUCAAGUGUAUUGCCAUCAUUCGGCGUAGGCAAAAUGACUUUACAUCUACUGGGAGUUGGUACACGAUCAUCAAGGGCUAUAUCGGUAAAAGAGGAGGAGAUCACUCGCUCUUGUCUCCGGGGUCGGUUUUUGUACAACAGUGAAUGUGUUUAACUUUAUCCAAUUUCUUAAAAUUUGAAGAAGCUCUUGAGAAGAAGUGAGUGUGUUUUUCUAUCUAGUCGAUUCAAUCACGUGAGGGCUAUUUGUGUCAAGAGCCAACUGUAUUCAGUUUACCGCGUGUUCAUAACCUCUGUAAGUGUUAUAGUUGUUUGACGUGAAGGUUGUGUUCCGCUGAAAUCGAUGAUUUUCCAAAGUUUUUGCACUGUAAACUAGUGAAAAUAGUACUUUAGAUACUUCCUCAACUGAUUUUUGCAUUAUUAUUUUUCCAAUGAAAACUUUCUUAUGAGCGCUUUUCCUUUUGAUUUCGUGAUAAAUAGUUGAAUGCAACUUCGAAUUUGAACACAAAACAUCAAUUUUUCCAACUUAGUUUGAUGUUAAGAAUCUGUCUAAAAUUAAAGGAUCUAAAAAUAGGGAACCAACUGAUUGACGUCAGUGUGUGGACACUUUCGUAUGACCACUUCCCCUUUUGAUUCAGUAAUAAACAGUUAAAUGCAGCUUCGAAUUUGAACACAAAACACCAAUUUUUCGAACUUAUUUUUGUGAUGUUAAGAAUCUACCUAAAAUUGAAGAAUCUAAAAAUUGGGACCCAAGUGAUCGCUUAUGACGUCAGUGUGUGGACUACGCAGCUCGCAAAAGUUAAAACGGACAUUUCUCAUGGACCCAUAGAAAACGUCUUUUCUAACGGAUCUUUUAUCAGUCUCUUAAAGGACGAGAGAAUAAUCAGCGCGAGAUAACGCUUGCAUAAAUGCUUCCCGGUUGGACGGGGCGCUUUCUGCUGAAUCGCGUGGCGAAAAGUUCCCGCGCUCGCUGCCCAGGCAACUUCGGCUCUGUGUGAGUGAUGGUGGUUUUGUGAAGUUCAGACUUCUUGAAAUCCUGAUCUCGAGUUGCCUUUGAAGCGACGAAUUUGCUUCUCGAAAUGGCCAGCUCGGAUUGGAAGGGGAAACGCCGCCAAACGACCGCCGCAUUUUUUUGCGGUCUAGGUAGUAUGACAGUGGGUCUGAUGGUAGGCUGGCCAGCGGCAGCAUUUCCGAAGAUCCUCCGCCACGAAACCCCUUACCACCUCUCCAUCUUCAACGAGGCGUUUAUCAUCAGUUGCAUGAACAUCGGGUCCAUCGUAGGGACGGUACCUGCCAGUUUGCUCAUGGACAGGAUCGGACGGAGAGCGAGCUUCCUACUCUUCAGUCUCUUCGCCGUCGCUAGCUGGAUAUUUGUCGCCUAUGCACCCACGGUGGAGAUGCUGUACUGCGGCCGAUUGUUGGGCGGCGUUUUUGUCGGCGCUUAUCUCACCAUUCUGCCUAGUUAUUUGUCCGAGACCCUCGAACCGGAUAUGCGAGGAUUUUUGGGCACCAGCAGCACUUUGUUGAAUACUUUAGGUACACUAAUGGCGUACGGUCUUGGACCGCGGGUCUCAUUCAAUGACCUGUCUCUGAUCAGCUGCUGCGUUGCAAUAGUGUUCAUAAUAUCGCUCAUCUUCAUGCCGGAAACUCCGUACCUGCUCGUCAUGCGCAAGGACUACGCGGGUGCUCGCAGAACGCUCGCCUGGCUCCGGGGAACCAGUGAAUCGGACGUAACCGUCGAGCUCACCACCAUCCAGAACUUCAUCGAGACUGAGAAAGCCAAGGCAUCGUUGACAACAUCUGAUCUCUUCUUCGACGAGAGGUACAAGUGGCCGUUCGUGAGUUGCGUUGGACUGCUGUUGCUGCAGAAGUCCAGCGGUUAUUUCACGGUGAUCGGGAACCAGACGAUAAUCCUGCCGCACCACGCCUGGAUCUUCUACUCGGAGGACAGCACCCUCAUCAUCGGUCUUAUCCUCGUAAUAAUGUCCAUCGUAGCGGCUCUUCUCAUGGACGCUCUCGGACGCAAAGUCUUGCUCCAGAUAUCAAACGUCGGCCAAGCUUCAGCCAUGCUCGUUGUAGGCGCCUGGUACUACUUGUCGGCUGAGCAGAGAACUGAACUGGAGGCGUACAAUUACAUGCCAUUAUUGGCGGUGUUCGCCUACGUUGUGGCGUUUUCGAUGGGGUUGGGCCCGGUCCCGCACAUCUACAUCGGGGAGGUGUUGCCUCCGUUGGUCAAGGGUCGCGCCACCGGGCUCCUCGUUACGCUGGCGGCUCUCUUCGUCGUCUCCGUCAACGAGAUCUUCGCGGCCGUCACGACGUUCGCCGACAUGUACGUCAACUUCCUCUUCUUCGGCGUCUGCUCUCUCGUCGGGAUCUACUACGUCAACGGCUGGGUCAUCGAGACCCGGGGCAAAACCCUUCCCGAGAUCCAGGAGGAGUUCAGGCACAGGAGGACCAUGAAGGAUGGCUAUUACAUUCUUGACUGAUCGUCUUUUGUGCAUUGGCGGACUCAGCAAUUUGGCAACACCGGAUUUCCUCCAUUUUUUUUUUUUUUUUUUUUUUUUUUUCUUCGUAGUUCUACCGGGAGAAAAAGUGGCGAAUCUUUUCGAAGAUAUGACAAUUUAAGCAUCUUACUUCACCGGCUGUGUUACACAAAGUCGGGGAUUUCGAUUUCCACCUGUUUCGCACUACCACUCCCAACAUGGGGUGGGUUUCGGCCAGGUGGUCAUCUGGAUGGUUAAACUAUCAUAUGUUGGUUUAGGCUCUGAAGUUAAGAAAUACUCUGAUCAGGAGUUGGCAAAGGGUGAUCGGGGGCCGAAGGGCGAGCCGACCAACUAAACCAAACUCACGGCUGCAUGUCUGCCCGGAUAGUGCCGGAAUCAUCCCUGUUGGGGGAUAUUUCCUCCAUUUAAGCCUAUGGAAAUGUAUCGAUUCUUAGAGGGGCCAGGUGCUCCGACAAGAUUCGAUUAUUUAGCAUAAGUUUAAAUUGAGGGAUUCGGUGUUGCCAAAUUGCUGGAUGUGCCUCUGCUUUUGUGAUAUCCUGCAAACGGCGAGGCGUGAAUGACCGAUUAUCGAUUUUUCCCUAUUUGGAGCUAUGGUAAUGAAUCGAUUAUUAAGGUGUCCGUUGCGAACAUCCUGUUCAUCGAUCCUUUGCCAUAGGUUUAAAUAGGAGAUCAAUCGAUAUAUCGCAAAGCUCGCUACGCCACUGUAUCCCUGCCGUGCGGCACAGCAUGGAAAAGCUCGACCGCUUUGCAAGAGGCUGUUCGACGAGAAGGACACGCUUAACAGUAUUGAUGUGUAAUCACAUUUUGUCACAUGUUUUGCACAGCCUCGUGGCACAGCACUG